CCAGAACGCCUCUGUGUCAUCGCAAGCGGUUGUUGUCAAACACGGGGAAGAAAACGGUGAGAUUGACAGAUCCCAUCAUGCAGCUGUUAGUGGACGGUCUGAAGUGGUUUGGGGUCGAGGCGAGUGGACUCUCACUGACCGUGUGCCUUUUUCUGCUCUCCCUCAGCCUCCUUUACUGGUACUCUAUCUCCCCGUUCUCCAAUCUGGAACGAUGUGGCAUCAAACACCCAAAGCCCUUGCCAUUUAUUGGGAACCUGAUGAUGUUCCGAAACGGUUUCUUUAAGUCUCAAGCUGACCUCAUAAACAAGUACGGACGAAUUUGUGGUUAUUAUAUAGGCCGGCGGUCUACAGUGAUCAUAGCGGACCCGGAUAUGCUUAGACAGGUGAUGGUGAAGGAAUUCAAUAAGUUCCCCAACAGAAUGACAGCCAGAGGCAUCACUAAACCUAUGAGCGACAGUCUGAUCAUGCUGAAGGGUGAACAAUGGAAACGAGUGCGCAGCAUACUCACGCCAACCUUCAGUGCUGCCAAGAUGAAAGAGAUGGUUCCCCUGAUCAACACAGCCACAGAAACAUUACUGAGAAACCUGAAGAGCCACGCUGAGUCUGAAAACAGCUUUAACAUCCACAAGUGUUUCGGCUGCUUCACUAUGGAUGUGAUUGCCAGUGUCGCGUUUGGUACGCAGGUGGAUUCUCAGAAUAAUCCAGAUGACCCUUUUGUUCACCAAGCAUCCAAGUUUUUCGCCUUCUCCUUCUUCAGACCCAUAAUGAUUUUCUUCAUGGCGUUCCCGUUUCUCCUUCGGCUUCUUGCUGGCCUUCUUCCUAAUAAAUCCAGGGAUGAGAUGAAUAGCUUUUUUACACAAUGUAUUCAGAAGAUGAUUAAACAGAGGGAUGAUCUUUCUCCAGAACAGCGGCGGAAAGACUUUCUGCAGCUGAUGUUGGAUGUCAGGACCAACAAAAAGUUUUUGUCUGUGGAGCAUUUUGAUGUGGUCAACGACGCCGACGAGGAGGCCUAUGAUGGACAUGAAAACAGCCCUGCUAAUGAAUCCACCAAGCGCAGCCAACAGAAGAGAAUGAUGACGGAGGAUGAGAUUGUCGGUCAGUCCUUCAUCUUCCUGGUGGCUGGCUAUGAGACAAGCAGCAACACGCUAGCAUUCACAUGCUACCUGUUAGCAGUUCAUCCAGAGUGUCAGAAGAAACUACAGGAGGAAGUUGAUGAAUUCUUCAGCAGACACGAGACGGUGGAUUAUGCCAAUGUCCAGGAGCUGAAGUAUUUAGACAUGGUCAUCUGUGAGUCGCUCAGACUUUACCCUCCUGCAUUCAGAGUUGCUCGAGAUGUUGAGGAAGACACUGUGUUAAACGGUCAGUUUCUGCCCAAAGGAGCAUCUCUGGAAAUCCCUACAGGAUUCCUUCACUAUGAUCCAGAGCACUGGACUGAACCCACCAAGUUCAUCCCAGAGAGGUUCACUCCAGAAGCCAAGGCCAGGCGUCACCCGUUUGUGUAUCUGCCGUUUGGAGCGGGGCCACGCAGCUGUGUGGGCAUGAGACUGGCCCAGCUGGAGAUUAAAGUGGCUCUGGUUCACAUAUUCAGGAGGUUUAACGUCCUGGCCUGCGAGGACACUGAGAUUCCUCUGGAGUUAAAGUCUCACACCACCCUCGGGCCCAAAAACGGUGUUAUGGUCAAAAUCACAGAGAGGGAGAACUUGGAGGAUGCGUCCUGAUAAGAGUUGCAGUUCUUGGAAUGUUCUUCUAAGUUUUUCAAAUGAUGUAAAACUGAUCGCACUUAUAUUCUGGAAUCAUCUGACUAAAUCUAAUGUAAAUCUGUGCUGCUCAUUUGACUGAAAUCUAAUUCAGCAUUAACUGUGAAUUUGUUAAAGCAUAUGUAUAACCUCAGAUCAGCAACAUACUGUAUACAUGACCCAGUUAUUUUUGGAAAAUUGAGAUCUAUUUGAAAAUGUGGAAGGAAUAAACUGAGGGAUGAAAAUCUCAAUUUAAAUAUUAAGAAAAUCACCUUCCAAUAUGACCAAAUUAAGUUCUAUUUACUAUAGGAAAAACAACAUUAUUACAACAUUAAUACAACAUGAUGUUUUCUCAAUAUUCAAAUGAUAUUUAGCUAAAGAGAAUAUUGUGACUCAUACAAGGUCUUGCACACAAAUAAUCAGAUGAUUACCUUAAAAUGUGACAUAUAUAUAAAUACAUUCUGUACAAUCAAAUGGAAGAUGAUCAGUUUUGAUUGAUACUGUAUAAUAUUUCAUAAGAAGUUCAUUCUGUUUGCAUAAAUGAUUUGCAUCCUGCCUUAA